AUGGCUACGAUACUGAACAAGGGGCUAUGGCAACAGUAUAGUCGCAUUGGACGCCAGGGGAGCAAGGCUUGCCGUGAGUUUAAUAGCAGUGCCACUCUAUUCUCAGGGCACAAUCGGUGGUCAACUAUCAGACACGACAAGGCAAAGAAUGACAAGGCAAAGAGCAAGGAACGGCAAGCUGUAGUCAAGGAUAUUAGCAGUGCUACUCAGAUGUGGGGACCUGAUCCUAAAUUCAAUCCCCGUUUGACUCUUCUACUGUCGAACGCCAAACGAGCUGAAAUCCCGAAAGCAGUCAUUGAAGCAGCUAUCGCACGAGGUCGGGGGAUAAGCGUUACGGGCCAAGCUCUCGAACAAGUAACAAUUGAGGCUAUGCUACCCUUUUCCGUUGCUGUUGUGAUUGAAUGCCAGACGGAUCAGAAAGCGCGUACUUUGCAAGAUGUGCGCCAUGCUAUCAAGGAAGUUGAGGGGGUCGUAACGCCUACUACAUACCUCUUUGAGAAGAAGGGUAGAAUAAUCUUCGAGAAAAAGGAUGGCGCGAGUCCGGACGACUACUUAGACCAGGCCAUUGAAGCUGGUGCAGCUGACAUCGUCGCAGGCGAGGAUGGUCGUCUUGCUAUCUUCACCGAGCCUACUGAAACGAAAGAGGUUGGAGAGACUUUCUCUAAACUAACCGGGCUCAAUAUUGAAGAGCUAGAAAUUAUCUGGGAUCCGAAUAAGGAGACGUUGGUGGAAGUGAGGGAUAAAGAACAGAUUAAGAGCAUUGAAGAUAUGUUGAGUACCAUCCGGGAGGACGCUAGCGUACGAGAUAUCUAUUUAAACACGUCAAGGGAAUUCUAAAGAUCAUGAGAGCUGCGUAUUAUACAGUUAUGGGAUGAAGUCAUAGAAUAUAUGUAGAUUUGGAUGCACUACGAUGAAUAUAU